AAGCUACCUCUAUGCCUUUGUAAGUGAUGGAUUGACACAUUUGUUCACAAAAACACAUGAAAACUUGACAUUUCGUUCUUAUAGUCACAUGUAACCUAUCUGCAGGUCUAGUUUAGUUACAUCUCACUUUAAUAGAAACAGUGAUUUUCUCCUAUUUUAUUAAUGAGGUAGACAAUAUGUUUAGGUUACCAACUCCCUCCCCACAUGUUAAAGUACCCUUUGGUGUGCUCACUUAUUAAACUUGGGGGAGAGUUCAGACUCAUUGAUGGAUAUAAGGGAAUUUAGGAACCGUUACGUACAAACGUCAACGUCACGUUUCUAUUGGUUCGUUGCUAAGUUAAUUGGUAAAAGCAACCGGCUGUUAACUAUUUAGACGGUGGGAUGGCGGGUGCUUGGCGGAAUGCUCAAAACACAUGGAGGAUGGACUCGGGCCGUAGUGGAGGUGUCUGUAGGCAUUUCAUAAAUGGCUCUUGCAGAUUUGGUCCGAGGUGUAAUUAUCGACACGAAUGGCCAGUUAUACCGUCAUCCCAAAUAUGUCGGUACUUUCAGAAAGGUGGAUGCUGGUAUGGUGAACGCUGCAGGUAUCUCCAUGUCCUUCAGCCUGAAGCUGCUGCAGCUCUUACAGGUAGAAGAGGUUCGGUGCCUAACGUCUCCUCCUCCAGGGUGGCUCGCGCUCCACCUGACAGAAGAGGGUCAGAGCCUGCUCUUCUGCAGGCUGAGGUGAUGUCCAGGCAGGAAUGCAGCAGAUCAGAGACGGUGGUUGAUCUAUCAGAUGCUCAACACAACACUGGGCGCCUGGUUUCAGAUGUUACUGAAGAACGAUCAGAUGAUACUGACUCUCCUCUGACUGCUUCUCAAAGCUCAGUCAUUGCUCAAGCAGGUGCAUGUGGUCGAAGAAACGAACAGCAGACAUCGUCAGCUGAGACAACAGAGGAUGGGGCUGCGGCUGCGGCCUCUAGUGCCCAGGGGAAUGUAGAGGAAAUGGAGGCCCUCCUCCAGAGUAAAAAUGUGAGCUGUGGGAUCUGCAUGGAUAAGGUGUAUGAAAAGACGGAUCCAAGAAACCAUGUUUUUGGUAUCUUGCCAAACUGCAAUCACUCCUUCUGUUUACAAUGCAUCAUGACCUGGAGGAAAACAAAAGACCUCGGGCUGGACGUGGUAAAGACCUGCCCACAGUGCAGAGUGAGGUCUCCCUUUUAUGUGCCGAACAAAUUCUGGGUUGAAGGACAAGCAAAGGAAAGUGUAAUUGCUGCCUUCAAAGAGAAAUGCAGUAAGAAAAGCUGCAGUUACUACGCACGAUACAGAUGUUGUCCCUUCAAAACGGAGUGCCUUUAUCGCCAUGAUAAACCCACACGUAGCAGAUCAUUCCCGUAUCCUACAGAAGAUGAAGACGACUACGAUGGUGUAGAUCUGCUUAAUUUUUUCAUAGCCAUGACCUUUCUUGGCGACGAAGACGACGAUGAUGACUAUGACUUUCGUUUUUACCUAACUGAGGAGUAUGGUUUCUGAGCUUUUUCAUUCUUUUUGUCAGUGCCUGAAGCCACUGAAUGGGGCGUCAACUAUAUAUAAUCAGUUGCCCCAUUGAGCCCUCUGUCCUCCUUGAAGCUUUUGAGUAGCCAUGAUCAGGAUCAAGGUUGUCAACCAUGCACCACGGAGUGCCAAGUGUGUUGAUGUUUUUAAUUAGUCAGACGACAGCAGGUGAUUUAGAACUUACCUAGAAAUUGCUUUCUACAGUCUGGUUGGAAAUGAAAUGUGUACACUAGCUCUCCACGGCACUCGGUUUGUUGCCCUGGAUUUAGAUAAAAGCACCCCAGAUAGAAAUCCAGUAUUUGUCCUACCUCUAACGAUUUUGUGUGUAAUUUGUGGUCUUCUAGUUAAAGGUUUUCCUUUACCUUCCUGUGGCCAUAGUUCUUCAAACUUGUUGCAGAUUGUUAAUUUCUCCUUUACCUCUCUACUGACUUGAUGAGUGAUAAUUUCUGACUCCUCCCCUAGCAGUUUGCACCAGUUUGAUAUUUUAAAGUGUGGUGUGGAUGGUAGUUUUAAUUGUCUAAAGAUGAAAAGUGUACUGUACCCCUUCGUCCUUGUGCCCAUUACCGAUAAUGCCUGCCUCAAGAGUGACAUCCGUUUUCCUGGUUUUGGCAAGAGCAGAAAAUGUUGAGAUUUUAUUUCUUUUAAACAAGUUGUACUUGUACACAGAGAAUAAAACAUUGCUUUGCACAUUGUCUCACUGAAAAA